AGGCACAUGAUUUGGUGCCCAAACAACGAUGGCGUCAACCGUGAGCACAUCGCUACAUGUAUUAUUUUCGCUUUUAUUUUUACCGUUUGCUACAGGGUUCAUCUUCGACGGCGAUAAAUACAAACGGCAGGUGUCCUUGGAGCUGAACCCGGGUCUGAACCCCUCUAUUCCGCUUCCACCGGGUGUCGGCUUGCUGCACGUGCGGGCUCUGGGGGCGAACGACACCCUGCACUUCUUCCUGUCCAGCCUGGGGGCCCCCACGCUGAUGCUGGUGCACACGAACUCCUCUUCCUCCUCGGUGAAGUUGGACUGGCCCCUCUUCCUCUCGGGCAAUACCUCCGGCGGCCUGCGGGUGGUGCCAGAGAGCAGCGUGCAGUACAGCAGCGCGCUGGUCUUCAGCAGGGUGUGGGAGUACGACGAUGUGAACAACACGGCUGACCCCCAAAACGCCCCCCCCUCCAGCUUCCUGCCCCCCUACGAGCUCCAGAACUUCACCUGGCAGGACCUGGGCCCGACCCUGAACCACACGACCAACACCGCCCAGCUCUGCGGGGGCGACGGGGGCAGCAGCUUCAGCAACGGCUCCUUCUGCCUGCAGAUAUCUGCAUUUGGGUCUGGGGGUCGUGACCCGAGCUGGCCCCGCCUCCUCCAUACCGCAAACUCCUCCCAGCUGCGGGUGUGGCUGGCCGGGGUCACGGCGAGGUCAAAUUUCUCCCGUUUCUUCCUGGAGCUCCAGACCGUGAGCCAGAGCAACGUCCAGAGCAGAGUGGGCAUCGUGAGGUCUAUCGACGACGAGUACACCCCCUCUAUAUUCCAGACGUCUCAGUGGUUGUCCUCUCUCGCCAACACCACCUCCCCGGUUUUGGGGUACACUCAGUGGAAGCCCGUGGCGUACCGCAGCCCCACCCCGAGUCUGGAGGACGCCACGCCGUGCCGCAACCACGACCCGCGGGCCCUGGCCCAGCCGCCCGCCUCCCGCCUCGUCAGGGCCUAUUUCAGGGACGGGGGCCGGACCAGCAGCCUCAACGUCACCUUCGGCCUGGCCGGGGACCCCUUCUACAACGCCACCAACUACCUCAGCUGGACUGUUCUGGUGGGCAUGGGCCCCCCCCCCAUUGACUCCUUCUCCACGGUUGUCAUUGUGAUCAUGGCGGUGGGUCUGGGCACCCCGCUGCUCCUCAUCCUGGUGGGCGGGGUCUGCUUGUGCGUUCGCAAGAAGCGGGUGGAGUCGGUGGGCUACGAGCCAAUCAACUGACACUCCUUAACCCCGAAAGCCAAUCAACUGACACUCCCUAACCCCGCCCCAUCUGUCCAGGUUCUUUACCUGGAGACCCCCUCAGCCCCUCCAACAGUUACACAGGCCACAUUCACCACUAGGGGGCGCUCCACUCCCAUGUUCCUCACAAAAUGGCUGCCACCAGAGCUGUCUCAGAGUCACCAGGGCCGGGGCAGCCAAUGAACAAAGACUUUUAAAGCAGUGAAGGAGCCAGCCAAUCACAAGGGGGGCCGCUCAGCGUGUCCACCAAUGGGCAGCCUCCUCUGAUCGGGGCCGUGAGAAAUGCCAAAACGGGUUUAAAGACUGAAAUUACGAUCAUCGAUAAAAUGGCAGGGAUUGCUUUUAAACUCUUAAACAUUCCAAAAAAAACACUUUUACAAACUGUUUUAGCUUUUUUUAAUUUUAUUUUUUAACAUGUCCUUUGCCAUUGAUUUUUGUCUCAUCAGAUGUUAAUACUUUUUUAAAAUCCUAGUUCUGACCUGUGUAAGACGAACGGUAAACUCUUGAGUAGGAUUCUGUUUUUGUUGAAUUGAAAUGGUAGUGAGGACAAUUGAAUUGUCCAACUUUUUUUUUUGUCAGUUUACCGCAAAAUCAUAACCACUAGGAAUCUUUAUUAUUUUAUUUCUCCAGUACAAACUGAAAUGUUGCAAAAAGAACAAAUCACAGCUGCUUCCGUGGCCGUGGUGAUGAUGCGCUGUGCGUAUAAAUGAAAUUUGAGCAAAACUGAAACUUUCCCCCGGCUUCUGGAGCUGGGGUUAGGCGAGACGUUUAUGUGCGUUUUCCCCACACCGUGUCUCCUUGGUAACCGCUCUGGUUCCCGCCAACCCGCCCAGCGAGGAGGAGAUUAGAGUUAGAACGAGUCUAACUGUUGUAAUUACAUCAGUAAUUAUAGAUCUGAAAGAGCACGAUGACUUACCUGUGAAAGGUCUCAGUGGAAAUGGGAAAAGAGGGAGAGAUGGUGAUUAGCUUAUAAGUACCCACUUCAUAUUCUUACAUAUACGGGCAGUUAUUUAGAAGUCUUUUUUGGAAACUGUUGGAUAGUUGUGUGGAGAAAUGGAAUUCAGGUGUUUUUUGUUUUGCCCCCUCACUGUGUAGGUGGGGGGCCAAAUUGGCAUGGGUUUUCCAGUGGUGGAAAGUCCAGGGGUCAGAAAGUAAAAGUUCUGCCAUGCGUUUCUUCCAACCAUGAACUUUCGCAAAUUAGUUCUACCUCCUGGCUGAAGAACUUUGCUAAUUAGCAAAUCCAGGUAGUUGGAACAAAAUACUGAGCCGGACUUUUACUUCCUGAACCUGGAUUGUCCACAGCUUCUCACACUCAAAUCCCUUUUUUUUUUCCCGCUGUAUGAAAAUGGGUUUCCAGCCCUCCCCCUCCUCGCCCCCAAAACUCCUCUCCUGGUUUUGAAUAAACGUCGGCUUAUGAGCAUUUUUACUGAAAUCUGUGUACAGCGGUGUGCAGCUACCGUUUAACAAGAAAAAAUUGAACUGAAGGCCGCUGCAUCGGUCUGUUACAGCUCUCUGCACUAAUCGCUAAAUCUGAAACCGUUUUUUUAAUGUCAUUUUUUUAUAUGUGUAAAAAAAUGUUUUCAAGUUUUAAGCUGUAAAUGAUUGUUUUCUAAAUUAUGAUUUGCUUUCCAUAAAGAUUUGCACGGCA